AAAAAUCAGAUGAAUGCGUAAUAAAAAGCGUGCUCUUUUGAUAAAGAAUAGGUAUUUACACAAUAGAACCAGAUUUUGGUUAUAACCAAUACCAGUGCAUGUUAAAAAAUUCAAGUACAUACCGUUCUUUUUUUAAAUUGUAAAAUUCAAAUUGUGUGAUAAAAAAUUACUUUGUAGUCGUUGUUUUCAAGUGACCUUCUACAAAAUAUAGGUGUGCCAUUUUCUUUGUGUUAAAAAAUAAUUGUGAGCUCAAAGGUUUGAUAAUCGGUCGACUCUCGAAAUAUUUGUGCUAAUAAAGUUCAUCAUUGUCACCGAAUUGAUUCAGAUAUUUCCAGCUUCGAAGAAGGGUCGAAACAUCAACCUACGGAUUAAAAGAAACGAAAGUACCUCGAAUUUAUGGCGUCUGCAGCGGACGAGGAUCUGAACAAUGAGUUGAAGAAGCAGGCGGCUGCCAGAAUGCAGAGGGCACAGGACCCCCUGGAGAGAAUGCGACUGGCCAUUCUAGCCAGAGGAGGACAGACCGGCAUCAAGAGAUUCGCCAGGGCUUUCCGAAUCAUGGACGAUGACAGGUCACGCAGUUUGAGCAAGUCCGAGUUCUUCAAGGGGCUGAGGGACUUCGGAGUGACCUUGAAUGAGGGGGAGGCGGAGAACCUCUUCCGCAUGUUCGACCGGGACGGAUCUGGCAGCAUUAUAUUCGACGAGCUCAUCGCUCAUAUCAGGCCGCCGAUGAGUGAGGCUCGUAAGCGACUGGUGCACGAGGCAUUCAACAAACUGGACACGAGCAAGGACAACGUCGUCACCCCGGAUGACCUGGAGGGCAUCUACAACUUCAACCAGAACCCCAAGUUCAAAAGCGGCGAGUGGACCAAAAAGAGGUGCUUCUACGAAUGGCUCAAGAAGUUCGACGACGGACAAACCAAAGAUUUCGGCAGCAUCGAGAUCACUUUUGAUGAGUUCCUGAACUACUACAGUGGUAUCAGUGCCUCCAUAGACUCCGAUGCUUACUUCGACCUGAUGAUGAGAAACAGCUGGAAACUCUGAAGAUCCACACGAACAUUUGCACGCCCCCUGAACAUCAAAGGAUUAUUUUCCACUCCCCUCCCCCUCCAAGUUGCAAUUUUUAAUUCUCAUUAUACUUUUGAAGGCUAAUAUGGCUAAACGGGUUGUUGCAAUAAUAAGUAUGAACAAUAAAAUUGUUCAAAUAAGUCAAUUUGUUCACAAAACGAAAUGACAAAUGACAAUUUACACCAUGGCAAAAUUAAAUUAGGACGUUGAUGUUGAAAUAAGAUGCUGAAAAUCAGACGCGGGGAGUGGAAAAGAGCCCAUCCAAGUUUAACUAACAAAAAAGAUACCUUCGUUCAAUUUCAAAAAAAAAUUGAGCAAAAAAUAUGUUGACUGGUCGCAGUAAAUUCAAAUUUUUAUGUCUCGAGCUCGACAAUUAUAACUGAUAUAAUGCCAAUUUUCCUCCUAAAUAAAUAUGCGUAAAUUUUGAAUUAUAAAUAACAUAAUCAAUGAUGUGAUAUGUAACUUUCAAAUGGAAAUUGAAAUCGAAGGUAUGUCAAAAUUGAUCUACAAUGAAAUAUUUAGAAUCGCAAAUAGAUUUUUGACAUGCCUUCAGAAACAAUUAUUUGUAAUCACAGUUGUUAAAAAUAAAACUUGUAUCAAC